AUGGCACCAACAACCGAGCAAGAUUUCUUCGGCGGGGCAAUCCGCGGAGUCGUGCCGCAACGUUGGAUGGACGCAAGCAACCUCCGCGAAAUCCCAGACCACCAGGAACUCUUCCUCUCACCAGAGACCCUCUCCAACCUGAUUAUCGAGAUUAACCAGCGCGUCUCCCAAGAAGACGCCCUCAACACAUUCGCCACUCUCAGCCACCAAAACCCCACCUUGGCAGCAGGAAGCGGCAGUGCAGCCAGCGCCUCACAGGAAACUAUUGACCAGGCCGCUGCUCUGUAUCACUUGAACGAUCUCUGUGACGAGGGCGAUGCCCUGCAAGUGAUCACCCCGCCGCAGCGGGCCGAACUUCCCCGGUUAACCGCCACCGCGCCGGCCGGGUCAUCUAUCAGUGCCUACAAGGGUGUUGUCCAGUUUCAGAAUGCGCCUAAGCAGGGCAGAGGCCAAGCGCCCGCUAUGAAUGGUACCAGUGCUACGAUGACGCAGUUGACAUGCCAUUAUCUGCUUGUUCGUCUUGCGGCGCAGGAGACGGAUCUACUGGUUUUCUUCAAUGUGCCUCAUGAGGAAUUUGACAAGGCCGGGGAUGUGCAGGGUCUGUCUAGGGAGGAGGCUAUUGCGGAGGACACUGUUUCUGCGUUAGUGGGUGGUUUGGAAAUUCGGGAUUGGAGUCUUUUUGUUUGA